AUGAGUGUUUCGGGAGCAUGCGGUAUACCCGCCUAUCAACCACAUCAUCCACAAUCCCAUCCUCCGCCACCACCUUCAAUUCCACCAAAUCAUCAAAUGUAUCAUCAGAUGGAUCAAAAUCCAACAACAUCUCAUCCACAGCAACAACAACAGCAACAAUGGCAACAAUAUGGCCAUCAUCCACAAAAUGCACAAUAUCAACAAGUUCAACAACAAGAUAGGUAAACCUUUUCUAGUUUUCUUUUAAAUUUGGGAGUAAUCGGGUUUUUUCAUGCAAAAAAUUAGCUUUCAUUCAGAACAAAGUUUAGAUUUCGGCCAAAAUCUGGGGUCUUUUCAAAUCGUUUUCUAGAAAAUCUCGUUUGUUAGUUUUUAUUCUAAAAUAUUUUCUGAGGUCCUAUUUUCAGUUUCCCCCUCCCACUUUAUUUUUGGAUGUUUGCACACCAACAAUGUUUUUCGAUAAGUUAAUUAUUACAAUAUUUCACCUUGAACUUUGACCCUGUCCCAGAAUUAUUUCCUAACCUCAAAUGUUCCUCAAAAGCUAAACAAUACUUUCGAAAAAAAAGUAUCUUCUAUUUUGGUGUGAAGAAGCAAUAAAAAGUACACGAUGAGUCAUUGUGCUGGGUUGGGAAAAAGUCUUUGGAAAAGAAAAAGUAGACAAACGAUUCAAAUAAUUUCUAUUUUCGUUUCUUUACAAACAUUGAUUUCUUUAGCCGUGCACAAUAUCCUCGUUCACCAUCUCGAUCUUGUGGACCAUCAAACGAUAAUCAAACAGCACAUUGGAUGAAUCAACAUUAUAUGAAUGGUGGUAAUUGGGCAUAUUCAGCAUCUCCAGUUCCAUCAAUUGCACCGUCUGUUAUAUCACAAUAUCCAGCCGAUGAUCGAAUGUCAAUGUUGAGUGUGAAUACAGCAAUUACUGGACAUGGACAAGGAGAUAAUGAAUCACAAAGAUGUUUUUCAUCGAAUGGUUCGACACAAGAAAAUAUUAAUCCGGAUAUGGCUUUUGCACAAUUAAUGAGGGAAACUGAUUAUGUUUUACAUGUAAGUUUUGAGAUUUCAAAAAAUUGAGUAAAAUUUUGAAGUUGUUUUGAACUGAACACAUUUUUUCGGAUCAUAUUCUUCAGAACGAGAAUGCAAACUUGAUUUCUUUUUUCAGAACUGGUUUACAAUUCGAGAUCCAAUAAAAAGGUGUGAAUUGUCAAUAAAACUGUUAAUGUGGAUCAAAAAUAAGGGACUUUUACAUCUUGAUGAAACAGUCGCACCUCGUUAUAUUCAACAAAUUGUUGCAUGUGUAACAGAUGGAUUAAUUUUGUGGACACCACCAGAUACGCCACCACCACAGGAAUAUGUAAGUGUUUGGGAGGUAAUAAAUAGGGAGAAAACAAAUUAAAAUUAUAGAUUGCUUUGGCUUGUCGAUUAUUAGAAGUUUUUCAUAAAUUGGUUCAAUAUAAACAAUCAAUUCCAAUUGUUGUUUCGAUUUUUUCAUCAACUGAAGGAGAACGAAGUUUGAAGGAUUUAUUGUGUCCAUUUAUACCAAUGACACAGUAAGUCAUUUUUAUUCUUUUUUUCAGUUAAAAAUCAAUAAUAUUUUCAGGGAUCCUCGACUUGAUCGAUGUUCUUAUAUUGUCGUCGAAUUUAUUAGUUCAGUUCUUCAAUUAAAAAACGCUGAUAAUAUCAAAGUUCCGUUUCUAAAAUCGCUGAAAUUCCCAAAAAUGGUUCAUAUGUUGAUAAAACAUUUGCAUGAAGCACCAAUUGCAAAUGUCAGUGUUUUGAUGAUUUUGAGAAAUAUUAUCAGUCGAGACACAAAUAUUAAAGUGAGUUGGCUCUUCUUUUUUCAAAGUGGGAAAAUCAACUUGAAUUUCAAAAUAAUUUUUUUUUGCAGGAAUAUCUUAUCCGAUUUCACCGACCAAAAGAUGAACCACUUCCACCUGUUAGUUUGAUUCGAGUUAUUUUAGAAUGUGUAUUUCCACGAUCUAUCAAUUCACCGCCAAGAGCACCGUAAGCUAUUUUUGAAUUACAUAGUGACUCUUAAUUAUUUAUUUACUUUAGUGCCAUAAUUUCUCACACUUGCCAUUUAUUACGAACACUUUUACACGAUGCAAAAGCAAUUAAUGAUUUUGUCAAACUGCAAGGUAUUAAUGUGAGUUUCAUUUUUGAAUGAUUUUUUAAACAAUGCAAAAUUAAAUGAUUCAUUUUUCAGAUUGUUUGCACAUUAUUACAAAGAAUAAACGAUGUGAGAAUAGCAAAAGAUGCUCUCAAUUUAUUUCUUCAUGUUUCGGAUUCUCCAGCUUUUCAAGAAGUCGAUGUUCCAUUGCCAUUUGUAAGUUUUUCGUUUUUCAACUAAACCUCAAUUAUUUCAUGAAUAUUUCAGAUUUUGAACGUGAUGAAUUUUUAUCAAGACGAAGAAAUUUUCAAAUUAGGAACUGGAUUUUUAGGAAAUAUUGUUGCGAAUAAACCAAGAUUCAAGGUAAGAUAUUUUUCUCUCAAAUAAUUACAGAAUAUCACAAUAUCCAUUUUUGCAGAAAGAUGCAAUUCAAAACAAUGCGAUUCAAUUAUUAGAUUCGAUUUUGUGUAAAUUUCCAAGAUUGCAAGAUUUAAACGAUGAAAGAAAACGUCAAUUAGUUUGCGAAGUUAUGUCAAAUUGUUUACGAACUCUUAUUAAUUUAUUACCAUUUUGGUUUCAAAGUGCACAAAUGAUAGUUGAAGAUCAAGCUAAACAAAAUCAAAUUAUUCAAACAAUUAAUAAAUUAAUCGAUGGAGUAAGUUCAUUUUUCAAAAAAGAAAUAAUCAGAAAACAAAUCAAUCUAUAAAUAUUAUUUCCAGCCGUCACUUCAAAGAUAUAUGACAUAUUUGUCCUGCGAUGUUAAUAAUCGAGAAAUUGCCAAUUUUAUUGAAGUGCGAAGUUAUAUUCUUCGAUUUAUUGGAAUGGUUAUAAAAAUGCCAUUUGUUGCGAAAAAUGGAAUAUUGGGAAUAAUGGAUGAAAAUAGAAAAGAUAAUAUUGUUGGACAUGUUUUGAAUACAUAUUCAUGGGCUUCUCAAUUAUAUAUUCAACAAGUUGAUAAAAAUGAAAAAGAACAACGAGAGAAAUUAAUAGAAAGAUCGAUUGCAUUAAUUGUUGCUUUUAUGGAUUACUGUAGUUCGGAAGUGCAAGUUGCUUCACAAUGCAGAUUUUCAAUGUCUUGUCCUUUGGAUUUAUUACGAGAUUCUCAAAACGAAUCGUUUAUUCGAUUAAUUUUGGAAUUUUGUGAGAAAUUAUCAUCAUUUUGCGAAGAUAUUUUUACGAUUUGGAAUUUUGAUCGAGCAAUGAUGGAAGGAUUAACAAAUAAUCGAAAUGCUAAUAUUGGUUUGUUUUUUUCUUUUAAUUUCAAUAUUGAAUAAAAUAAUGAAAUAUUUUCAGCAAAAGCAGCAAAUGCGAUUCUCAGUCGAAUUCCAGUUAUGUCUUCUGAACCAUUGGCUGAUGUUUUUGCCAAUUCAGAAUUUUACUAA